AGGAAUCUGACGACUAUCCCUGUUCUUUGGAAUACUGUAUGAUACUACAUCAUGAGUGACAGUAAAUGUGAUAGUCAGUUUUACAGUGUUCAAGUGGCAGACUCAACGUUCACUGUCCUAAAACGCUACCAACAGUUGAAACCAAUUGGUUCUGGAGCUCAAGGAAUCGUUUGUGCUGCUUUUGAUACAGUUCUUGGGAUAAAUGUUGCAGUCAAGAAACUAAGCCGUCCUUUUCAGAAUCAAACCCAUGCAAAGAGAGCUUAUCGUGAACUUGUCCUCUUAAAAUGUGUCAAUCAUAAGAAUAUAAUUAGUUUGUUAAAUGUGUUUACACCACAAAAAACUCUAGAAGAAUUUCAAGAUGUGUAUUUGGUUAUGGAAUUAAUGGAUGCUAACUUAUGUCAGGUUAUUCAUAUGGAGUUGGACCAUGAAAGAAUGUCCUACCUUCUUUACCAGAUGCUUUGUGGUAUUAAACAUCUGCAUUCAGCUGGUAUAAUUCAUAGAGAUUUGAAGCCUAGCAACAUCGUAGUAAAAUCAGACUGCACCCUUAAGAUCCUCGACUUUGGUCUGGCCCGGACAGCGUGCACUAACUUCAUGAUGACCCCCUAUGUGGUAACACGGUACUAUCGAGCCCCUGAAGUCAUCCUGGGCAUGGGUUACAAGGAGAAUGUUGAUAUCUGGUCAGUGGGUUGCAUCAUGGGAGAACUGGUGAAAGGUUGUGUGAUAUUCCAAGGCACUGAUCAUAUUGAUCAAUGGAAUAAAGUUAUUGAGCAGCUAGGAACACCAUCAGCAGAUUUCAUGAAGAAACUUCAGCCAACUGUGAGGAAUUAUGUGGAAAACAGACCAAAGUAUCCUGGAAUAAAAUUUGAGGAGCUCUUUCCAGAUUGGAUAUUCCCAUCAGAAUCUGAACGAGAUAAAAUUAAAACAAGUCAAGCCAGAGAUUUGUUGUCAAAAAUGUUAGUGAUUGAUCCUGACAAGCGAAUCUCUGUAGAUGAAGCUUUACGUCACCCAUAUAUCACUGUGUGGUAUGACCCUGCUGAGGCAGAAGCACCACCACCUCAAAUUUAUGAUGCUCAGUUGGAAGAAAGAGAGCACGCAAUAGAAGAAUGGAAAGAGCUAAUUUACAAAGAAGUCAUGGAUUGGGAAGAAAGAAGCAAGAAUGGUGUUGUAAAAGAUCAGCCUUCAGAUGCAGCAGUAAGUAGCAACGCCACUCCUUCUCAGUCGUCAUCUAUCAACGACAUUUCAUCCAUGUCCACUGAGCAGACACUGGCCUCAGAUACCGACAGCAGCCUCGAUGCCUCGACGGGACCUCUGGAAGGUUGCCGAUGAUAAGUUAGUAAUCGCAGACUUAUCAUCAGUGAAGGAACUCUCACUUCCUUGGGCCUGCAGUGCUUGGGAGUUGAUGGAACCAAAUAAAGAAGCUCCAUGUUCUGCAUGUAAGAAACACAAUGCCUUGCCCUUACUCAGUUCUCCUAGGAUUGCCUGCUUAGAUUAUAAAAUGAAGCAGAUUAUGUCUGAAGAAAAAAAGUGCAAGCUACACUUUUAGAGAUUUUGUUCAAGAUCAUUUCAGGUGAGCAAUUAGAAUAGAUUUUUUUUUUUUUUUUUUACAGUUAUUUGGUGAUAGUGACAAUUUCUUAUCAUCAGUAUCUGUUGGGACUUAUGUGCAUGUGACCACAAAUGCUUGCUUGGUCUUGCCCAUCUAGCACUUUGGAAAUCGGUAUUUCAAUGCCAAAUAAUCUUUGAGGUAGUAAUGCUUCUAGAUUUAUCUCUUAAUCUUCUUAAGUAAUUUGGUGUCUGUCCAGAAAAAAUAGUUUUAUGUGUAUGAAUUGGCCAUCAGCAUAUCAUAUCUUACUCUAUUUUAUGGUGUCAUCAUUUACUCUUUUUUGUAUUUCAGCUGAAAGGGAAUAUCUAUUCAAUAAAUAUAUAACUUUUC